AUGAAGAAAAACCGGCCUGGAGUUUGUCUCAGUAUUUUGUGUUAUCCGGAACACGAGCAAGAAAUUUUAGAGACGCUCUUCCGUGAGACGUCAACUCUUGGAGUUCGCCGCAAUACCAUGGAUCGCGUUUCUCUCUCGCGCAAGUUCGUGCAAGUUUCCGCUUUCGGUAGCUCUGUAGACGUUAAAGUGGCAUUUCUGGGCAACGAGGCAGUGAAUGUACAUCCGGAGUUUGAGCAUUAUGGAAUCACAGUCAAAAACAUAAAAGGAUCUGUAAAUAAUGAAGUCUCGCGUUUUUUAAAAGCAUGA